GGGGGCUUCCGGGUCUGGCUCCCCGAGUGCUGGGCAAGGAGGCUGGCGGAGGAGGGGGCGAAGGACGCGCGGCGGGGUCGCCUGGGCAGGCCGCCCGCCAUGUGAGGCUGUUUCUCCGGGGCAGUUCGCUGAUGAAAUGGAGCCGGGGGCGACUUCUUUCCGCGUCGAAUUCCCUGAUUUCUGCAACACCGUCCUGCAGAAGCUCAACCAGCAGCGCCAGCAAGGCCAGCUCUGCGAUGUCUCCAUUGUGGUCCAGGGUCAUCUCUUCCGAGCCCACAAAGCCGUCCUGGCUGCCAGCUCCCCUUACUUUUGCGAUCAGGUGCUCCUGAAGAAUAGCCGGCGGAUUGUCCUUCCCGAUGUCAUGAACCCCAGGGUCUUUGAGAACAUCCUCCUCUCGACUUACACGGGCCGCCUCGUCAUGCCCGCUCCGGAAAUCGUUAGCUACUUGACGGCGGCUAGUUUCCUCCAGAUGUGGCACGUGGUGGACAAAUGCACGGAGGUGUUGGAAGGAAACCCUUCGGUCCUUUGCCAGAAGCUGAACCGGAGCAGCGACCACCAGUCUCCCAGCAGUAGUAACUACAACGGCCUGGCGGAAAGCUUUGAGCUGGGUGCAGCAGGCCACUCGGAUUUCCACAAAGCGCAGGAACUGCGGGACGGGGAAAAUGAAGAGGAGAGCUCCAAGGAUGAGCUGUUGUCCCAACUGACCGAGCACGAAUACCUGCCUAGCAAUUCCUCGACGGAACACGACCGCUUGAGCACCGGGAUGACUAGCCAGGACGGAGAAGAAGGGGUCAGCGACAGUACUGAUUACCAGUACGCCCGGCCUCAUUACAGCAAGCCCAGCAUUAUGUCUCACAAACGGUGGAUCCACGUCAAAACGGAGAGGUUCGUCCAAGAUUGCGAAGGAGUGGAGAUGCACGGCGCCUACGAUGAGCACCAGGUCUCCGAGUCGGUGAACGCCGUGCAGCGAGACCACCCUGUCGAGACCAGCAUUGUGGAAGAUCUCCGGGUCAACGACAGGAAGGUGGAAAUGGAGUUUGGAAACCCGGCCAACGAAGGCAGCUACGACGAGCAAGUGGACUUCUACGGCUCUUCCAUGGAAGAGUUCUCCGGGGAAAAGAACGACGGGACGCUAAGCCUCCAGAGACCAGAGGCUUCGGGUUACGGGGAAAGCUUAGAUCUUCCCUCAGGGAUCAAGGAAGAAAACGCCCUCGCUGGCUUUUCGACCACCGACAAACUUUACCCUUGCCAGUGCGGCAAGAGCUUUACCCACAAGAGCCAGCGGGACCGUCACAUGGGCAUGCACCUCGGACUCCGGCCGUACGGCUGCGGCGUGUGCGGGAAGAAAUUCAAAAUGAAGCACCACUUGGUGGGCCACAUGAAAAUCCACACCGGCAUCAAGCCGUACGAGUGCAACAUUUGCGGGAAAAGGUUCAUGUGGAGGGACAGCUUCCACCGGCAUGUCACCUCCUGCACCAAAUCUUACCAGGCCUGCAAAAUGGAACAGAAUGCUGCUAAAAUGAACUAGAAGCGGACGGAUGGACGGGGUGGGACGGACGGUUUAAUCGGAUGAGCGAUUGUGUCGUGCUGCCUUGAUCCGAACACGGCUUAUUUGGACCAAGCGGGACGGCCGGUGUCUCCCACGGCUUCGUUCCCGAGGCCUUGCUGCUUUUUGAGGUGGCGGGGUUCCAAAUAAACUCUGGGGCGAGCCCAGUCCCCUCUCUUAAGGUGCCCCUCCCCUGAGGCUGCAAAACAGACCAGCAAGUUGGCAUAACGGUACUUUCUAACCUAUUUAACAAUUACCGCUAUUUUAUCCGUGCUUUGGGUUCUCUCCAAAAGGAAGGUCCAGAGUGCUUUUUGCUUUGAACUCCUCUCAAGGGAAUGUCGCUCAACAUUUUAAGGGUUCAGCGGGAACGUAGGUGAGAUGGGGCUCCCGGCGAGGUGGCGGUUUCCGUUGGUGGCGCUCCCCGGUUAGCGGCCCUUGAAUUUAAGCUGGUAAUGUAGAGGUUUGGGGCACUUGCUUGCUGAGAACCAAAGGGUGAGUGAGUGGCUUCAUUUUUCUCCCAACGCACAUUGCUAGAUAAUUUUCAACUGC